CCCCAUCUAUAUUUCCUUCAACAACAUAAACACCAGCACCACUAUCCAGGCACGCAUCGACCAAUCCCUCAUCCCAAAUCAAUCGCAUUUUACUCUACCCACAAUGCCACCUCCCUUCUGGACAAUCGGGUGUCUGUACGGCGCUUCGUCCGUCAUGCUUGGUGCGUUUGGCGCUCAUGGGCUCAAGAAACGUAUCGCAGACCCUGCGAGAUUGGCGAAUUGGUCAACGGCGGCGCAUUAUCAGCUAAUCCACUCCCUCGCCCUAACUCUGACCUCGGUAGCGGCGCCACACAAUACGAUCGCCGCGAGUCUUUUCACGGCAGGAAUGACGAUGUUCAGCGGGAGUAUUUAUUUGCUGGUGCUGGAUCCGCAGAGAUUUAAGGCUCUAGGCCCUGUGACGCCGUUAGGUGGACUGUGUUUGAUUGGGGGGUGGGUUGCGCUUGCGGUAACGAAGAAGCCGGUUUGGCCAAGGCGGUGAGCGGAAGACGGAGGAGCUUGGGGGAAGGGGUGUAAGAUAUUGGUUGCCAUGAACAAACUGUGGAACUAUGGAUUUGCCCUGGAAUACAAAGGGGCAAGUGGAUGGGGUCCCAAUCAGGGGCUAACAGGCAUGAGUCUGGAUCUCCACUCUUGUUUUCCUAGCAGUUAACGUCCCGCUGCGGCGAACUAAGCACGCAUCUACAGACUUCACAUGUCGAGCAAUGUUUGCAGACAGCCCAAGAAGCCAACUUGUCUUCAAAGUGCUCAUUCAACUUCCAG